ACGGCAAAGUCUUGGGCGAUCUUGAGGUGUGAGAUUGCUCGUGGGCAUUGACGGGGUCGGAACGGUUGGGGGGCGCAGAGCGGGAUGUUACCGGCCAGUGUGUACUUUUACUAAUUAGAGAUCAUCUGUCCAGUUAAAAAUGGCUAGCACAAUGGUAGCAGUUGGCCUGACAGUUGCAGCUGCAGCAUUUGCAGGACGGUAUGUUGUGCACGCUAUGAAGCAUGUAGAACCUGCUUUGAAAAAAACCAUUCAGAAUCUGCCAAAAUCGGCUUUCAGUGGUUACUACAGGGGAGGAUUUGAAGCCAAAAUGACAAAGAGGGAGGCAGCUCUUAUUCUGGGAGUGAGCCCCACAGCUAACAAGGUUAAAAUCCGGGAGGCACAUAGGAGGAUCAUGGUACUCAAUCACCCAGAUAAAGGUGGAUCUCCUUAUCUUGCAUCCAAGAUCAAUGAAGCUAAAGAUUUACUGGAUUCUCAGAACAAAAAGUGAUCUUGUCUGAAAGUAGUAAACUAUGAUACUUUUUUCAAAAA